AUGGCUGAGUCUCAAAGCUCUUCAGGAGCAUUGUUUGAAGCUUCAAUCCUCAGGCUCAGUUUUGAUUCAAUGGAAGUCGCGCAGACCACCUCAGCUCAGGCUUCCGAAAGCAAUGUAGGGGCAAGUUCGAAUCUUGGGACCAGUCACCCAGCUCCAGGAACAUUGGACACAGACACGAUCAUGAACGAUCCAACCAGCGGUCCUUCUGACACGAACGUUGAUGAGAAGACGAACGGUAUGAACCCUGAAGGCUUAACAGAGGCGGAUAACAAGGAGGGACUCACGAAGGAAGAGGAUCUGGGAGAUACUAUUCCGGAAGAUGCGACGGAGACUGUGUACCUGAAUAACUUGAAUGAGAAAGUGAAGAUUCCUAUUUUGAAGCAAACGUUGAAAAACCUCCUGAAGAACUUCGGUCCCGUUUUAGAUGUAGUGGCCCAUCAAUCAGUUCGAAUGCGUGGUCAGGCCUUCGUUGCGUUCCCAGAACGUGAAAUGGCUGCCAAAGCUGUAAAAGAAGUCAAGGGAUUCCCGCUCUAUGGCAAGCCUUAUCGUACGCUCUUGCGACUCUUAUACUACGCAACCUCAAGUUAUGAAAUUGCUUUUGCCCGAACACCCGCUGACGCUGUGGUCAAACGUAAGACGCCCGAUGAAUAUGAUACAUUCAAGGAGGAACGUUUGACAAAGAAGAAACGAUCUCGUCGAGAAAAUCCAUUGCGAAAGAAAGCUUUUGCUCAGAAAGAGGCAGCUCGGAUCGCUGCUGAAAGUGCGAUCGCUGCUGGAGGUGUUGCGCCUACCACUUCUGCGACAGCUGCUUCGACCAACUCAGGUCGGAGGAUUGUUCAAAUGCCAGACGAGUAUCAACCACCGAACAAGAUUCUCUUUGUACAAAACUUACCGGAAAACGCUGGAAAAGAUGCUUUGGAGGUUUUAUUCAAGCAGUAUGCAAAUUUGGUCGAAGUUCGUACCAUUCCAGGGAGAGCAACCAUUGCUUUCGUCGAAUAUACCGAUGCGACCAGCUCCGGAGUUGCCAAGGAUGCUCUACAUAAUUACAAGUUUGAUGGGGAGCAUAAGAUCAAGGUCACAUUUGCCAAGCAAUGA